AUGAGUUUUAACAUUUUAAAUAUUGCAGAUCGUGUGUUGGUUGACAAUUCAGUUGUUAGUCGAGAAAUGCACAGUCAUUUACCCUAUGCUAAUGCAACUUUUAAUCACUGUGAUGAAAUACGAUUGCCAAUCCAAACUCAAGAUAUAUCCACGCUACCUUCUGAGAGUUAUUUGUAUAUUGAAGGACGUUUAACGAAUGAUGGGAAAAAAAGUAAUACUUUGCACUUUGUUAAUUAUGGUUUGAUGCAUUUAUUUGAUGAAAUACGAUAUGAAAUUGGAGGCUGUGUAAUAGAUAGAGUGAGAAAUAUAGUCCAGAAAAUGAAACAAAAAAACUAUGAACCUUUAGGGUACAUUAAAAAAGAUGAUGAUGAUGAAACUACUGACUUUGAAACAAGUGAAAUCAAACAAUCGAUAUUGGACAACAUUGAAGUGGAUGAUAUAAAAGAACAGAUUAAAAAUUAUUCUGAAAAUCGAUUUGAAGAUAUUGCUAACCAAGCGCGUGCAGACUACUGGGAUCAAUAUGAUAUAUUACCUAGGAAAUAUAUUACAAAUAUGCAAGCUGAUGUUCUCAACAAAGAAUUUGAUGAUAAAUAUGGAAUUAGAUUUGAUGAAACAUCUGAAAAGCUACUAAUUGGGAAUUCUGAAAUAAAUUUAGAUGGUGCUAAUAUUAUUUUAAAAAAGAAAAGGGAAAUUGCUAUUUUAGAUCCUACUACAGAAAAGAUUAUACACAGACUGGUUGGUUUACCGGUAACAGAAGCAAUGGUAAAUAAAUCAUCUAUAACAUGUAUCGAACAACUGAUUGUGCAAAACCACGGUUUAAGUUGGCAAUCUUGGCAUUUUUGCGAUGAUCAGCUAAAAUAUGAAGAAAUUUCAAAAUUUUUACACAACAUGUUAGAUGAAACAAUAUUGGUAAAAAAUCGGGAAACAAAACAAUAUUUGGAACGAUUUAUGGAAAACCCCAUUGAUUGUAUAGAAGAUGAACCGAAUGUACUUUCAGAUGAGACUAUGAAACAUAUUUUUAAAUCUCACUCGUGUCUUCACCAUACCAAUGAAGAUUUACAAUGUGCUCUAACCAAUGUAUUUAAUAUUCAUUAUUGGUAUAAGUAUUGUAAAAAACUGAUGUGUUUAAAAACAUACGGGUUAGAUAGUUUGCAUUAUUUUACUUUACCAGGGUUAACGUUUGAUGCUAUGUUAAAAGUAACAAAUGUAGAAUUAGAACUUUUAACAGAUAUUGACAUGGUUUUGUUCUUUGAAAAGGCAAAACGAGGAGGAGUGUCACAAUGUAGUAAUAGAUAUGCAGAAGCCAACAAGAAAUACAUGGGGGAUAAAUAUAAUCCUAGUAAAAAUACCUCUUAUGUAAUCUACAUGGAUGUUAACAAUCUGUAUGGUGCGGGUAUGAGUUAUUAUGUUCCUUAUGGAGGAUUUGAAUGGAUACCCCUACAUGAAAUUUAUAAUUACAACAUAUUAAAUUGUCCCAAUGAUAGUGAAUACGGAUACAUGCUGGAAGUUGACAUUGAGUAUCCAAAAGAACUUUUUAAUUCCCACAAAGAUUUACCGUUGUGUCCAGAACAUAUAACUCCACCAACUUCUAAUUCUACCAUUAAAAAGCUCUUAACUACAUUGUAUGAUAAAAAAAAUAUUUCAAAAACCAUUGUAUACGACUUCCAUUAUAAUUAUGUUCAAAAGAAAUGUCAGGUUAAAGCCAAGUUAUUAUACACUGACACAGAUAGUUUAAUAUAUCAGUUUUUUGUUGAUGAUAUAUAUGCUCAUAUUAAAGAGGAUAUUCAUAAGUUUGAUACAUCAGAGAACACUGAAAAUAAUGUCUAUAACAUUCCCUUACGGAAUAAAAAAGUACUAGGUCUAAUGAAAGAUGAAAACAAAGGUCAAAUCAUGACACACUUUAUAGAAUUAAGAUCAAAAAUGUACACCAUGAAAAUUUUAAAUCAGACUGAGGAAAUUAAAAAGGCUAAAGGAAUAACAAAAUCUGCAUUAAAGACACUGUCCUAUGAGGAUUAUUACGAAAGUUUAUUUAAAAAACCAUUGUAG